GAGACAAGCUGUGCUGGGACAAACUGAGGGACCUGUCAAGUCUGCUACACGUGUUUCUACCGCUGCAGAAACGUGGACACUGAUGCUUCGUAAACAGAAGUAGAGUUAAUUAAAAUUCAUAACAGCUACCGAGCCUAACGUCUUUCUCUCUAGCCGUUUGUGUUGACGUGCCACCAUGAAGUACAUCCUGGUUACCGGUGGUGUCAUAUCUGGUAUCGGCAAGGGCAUCAUUGCCAGUAGCGUGGGAACCAUCCUCAAGUCCUGCGGCCUUCAUGUCACAGCCAUCAAAAUCGAUCCAUAUAUCAAUAUUGACGCUGGCACCUUUUCUCCAUAUGAACAUGGUGAAGUUUUUGUUCUCGAUGAUGGUGGGGAGGUGGAUCUGGACUUGGGGAACUAUGAGCGUUUCCUGGACAUCCGUCUCACCAAAGACAACAACCUCACCACAGGAAAGAUCUACCAGUCGGUCAUCAACAAGGAACGGAGGGGAGACUACCUGGGCAAGACUGUACAGGUGGUACCCCACAUCACAGAUGCCAUCCAGGAGUGGGUGAUGAAGCAGGCCAGGAUCUCAGUAGAUGAGGAUGGUGUGGAGCCUCAAGUUUGUGUCAUAGAGCUGGGAGGCACAGUGGGCGACAUUGAAAGCAUGCCCUUCAUCGAGGCUUUCAGACAGUUCCAGUUUAAGGUGAAGAGGGAGAACUUCUGCAACAUCCAUGUGAGCCUGGUACCACAGCCCAAUACCACAGGGGAGCAGAAAACCAAACCGACCCAGAACAGUGUGCGAGAGCUCCGAGGGCUGGGCUUGUCUCCAGAUUUGAUUAUGUGCCGCUGUUCAUCGCCCCUAGACUCUUCUGUCAAAGAGAAGAUCUCCAUGUUUUGUCAUGUCGAGCCCACACAGGUGAUCUGCGUCCAUGACGUCUCCUCGCUCUACAGAGUGCCUCUGCUGCUGGAGAACCAGGGUGUUGGGAGCUACUUUUGCCAGCGGCUGAGCCUGCCCAUCGAGUUGAGGCCCAGAAAGAUGCUUUCAAAGUGGAAGGAGAUGGCUGAUAGAUCUGCCCGUCUCUUGGAACACGUCUCCAUAGCCCUGGUGGGGAAAUACACAAAGUUAGCUGACUCCUACACCUCUGUUAUCAAGGCCCUGGAGCACUCUGCACUCGCCAUUAAUCACAAACUAGAGGUCAAGUACAUAGACUCUGCAGACUUGGAGAACACCACUCUGCAAGACGAGCCAGUGAAAUAUCAUGAGGCCUGGCAAAAACUCUGCAGUUCUCAUGGUGUGCUGGUACCAGGAGGGUUUGGUGAGAGAGGAACAGAGGGCAAGAUGCUCGCUAUCAACUGGGCCAGGAAACAGAAUAAGCCAUUCCUGGGAGUGUGUUUGGGCAUGCAGCUGGCAGUGUGCGAGUUCGCCCGCAAUGUCCUCGGAUGGGAAGAUGCCAACUCCACAGAAUUUAAUCCAACAUCCAGUCACCCUGUGGUGAUUGAAAUGCCGGAGCACAACCCGGGGCAGAUGGGCGGGACUAUGAGGUUGGGGAAGAGGCGAACAAUCUUCAAAUCUAGCACCAGCGUAAUAAGAAAACUGUACGGAAAUGUGGACUUUGUUGAUGAGAGGCACAGACACAGAUUUGAGGUGAACCCCGAGCUAAAGCACCACUUUGGAACAAAGGGUCUUCAGUUUGUUGGCGAGGAUGUAGAAGGAGAGCGUAUGGAGGUCAUUGAAUUAGAUGAUCAUUGUUACUUUGUUGGAGUGCAGUACCACCCAGAGUUCACCUCGAGGCCCAUCAAACCUUCUCCUCCGUACUUCGGUCUGCUGCUGGCUGCUGCAGGAAAACUGCAGAGCUACCUGACCAAGGGGUGUCGCCUCUCUCCACGGGACACUUACAGCGACCGCAGUGACAGCAGCUCUCCUGAAGUGGACAUCUCCGAGCUGAAGUUCCCUUCUUUGUCCUGAGACGAGAGCACACGGAGUCAUUUGUGUCACUCGUGCAGGAAAAAAAGUCUGGGCUUCUCUUAACUGGUGUCAAAAAACUGUUUUGACAUUCUGAUGGGUACGCUACUGUAUGUUGUUACAGUGAUAAUUUAUACUCUAACUAUAUCAAGUCUUUACUGGUUGUGUAAAGGUAAAGGGAUGUCAAUUAACUCUGUGGAGCUUUAGAGUUGCUGCGAUAAGCAGAAUCUGGGAUGAAAUGCUUACGGGCAAUUAAAAUAAACAUAUUUUUAAGUACCUUUACAGAACGGAUUUAGGAAUGGGGGGAAACGCACAACCAGGUGAGACAUAAAUGGUACAACAGCCUGUGAAAUAUACAGUAUGUGAAGUUUUCAUAGAUGGAUGGAUGUGACAAGCUAAAUAUGAGAAGAUCAGUUUACAGCUGUGACAAAGGGUCAGGGUAAGAGUCCGAGUCUGAGCAAGUACGUUUCUUCUUGGGACAGCCGUCCUGCAAAACAUUGAAAUGUUGUAAAAACCCAAAAGAAACAACUUCAUUCUGUUGUUUGUGAGUUGUAUUGCUUUUUUUUUUUUUUUUGCCUCCAUCACAAAUUAGCAUAUUGAUACAUUUACCUCUCUGAAAUGUUUCUUGUUUGUGUCACAAUUGUGUAUUUUAUCUGUUACUGUAUUUCUCUUUUUAGGUUUAAUACCAACUUGCAUAUCAUGACUCAUUCAGGGUUACUACAGAACAGUCGGUAAGCUACAUGCCAUUCUGGUUACAAAUAUUAUUAUUGCACUGUUUUGCAUGGAGAGUAAAUGCAAAAACCCUAUGAGUAAGACAUUAAACUGGACCACACGGUUGUGCUUUGGUGACUCUGGGGUAUAGUCAUUUGAUUUUUGUUAAAUUGAUUUUGAUUUGAUUUUUGUAAUACAGUGAAUUGUAUCAGGCAUAAGUCAAUAUCACAACUGCAAUGGGUGUUAAUUUCUUCACAAACCUUUUAAUCAUGCACUUUUGGGUGUUAUUGUAUUAAGUUUUUAGUCUUUAAACAUGAACUCACCAGUUCUGCGUGCAUCACUUCCACCUUCUGCCUGCUGACAUAGACAAAAACAGUUUUCAACUCAAUUGCUUUUCACCAUCAUAUCUGACCCAGAACCUCCUUCAACGGGUUAUACUGAUGUGCAUUUCUCUGACAAGCCGUCCAACUUAAAAUGACCCUUGAGGGUUUAACUGAAAAAAGAAAGCUUGGCAUAUGAAAACAGAUAUUUUAAAAAUGAUAGAAAAGCCUAAAGAUCUGAUUUCAAAAUAGCAGCAGCAGAUGAUGAGCAUCAAGCUUCCAUGGUGCAUUUUCACUUUGAGUCUUGUCAAAAUUAAGUGAACCUCGGUAGUUAAAGCAUUGCUGACAAUGCCCUCAUUGCCUUAAAUGUAUGAAAAGCAUGCCACAUUUAAAAAAAACACUGUAUUUUUAUAUUUAUAGAGUCCAGAUGCAUGUGUGGUGCAAUAUGUGUGUUCAUUCUGAAUAAAUAUAUUUUUAUUCCUCUUAA